AUGAAUAUUUACUGUUGCUGUUUUGCAGAUCCUCCAGUGAUUCGUCUGAACUCCAUCUUCAUGCAAAAUCAGACUGAGAUGGUUCUGACGGCUGGCUCCCCCUUCUCUCUCAUUUGCCGUGGUAAUGGCUCCGUCCGUUGGUCCAGCACUGCAUUUCGUUUUCUGUAUCAGGACAAACUCUCAGACGUUGUGGAGGUGAAGAGUUCAGUCCCGAGACAUACCGGGACGUAUCGCUGUGGGUACACUGGCCUGAGCCUGGAGCACUUGAACACCUGGAUCCACCUGUACGUCAGAGACCCAUCUGACCUGUCCAGUGUGUUCGUCACUCUUCGCUCGAUCCCUCCCGUCAAAGAAGGCCAGGACGUCUUGAUCAGUUGUCUGCUCACCGACCCACCCAUCGCAAACUUCACCCUCCAAUCAGAGGCCAGCACAGUAGGUAGGGGGCAGGGCCUGCCCCAGGGAAUGAAUGUGACCUUUGACCCCCGAAGAGGAGCCCUGAUCCGAGACGUACAGAGGUCGUUCAAUGGACGCUAUGUCUGUUCAGGCUGGAAGGACAGAAAACAGGUCCGAUCGAGACCUGUCGACCUGCUGGUGGUGCCGAGGCUGCGUCAUCCACCAUGCCUGUCUGUCAGUCAGGAUGAAAUAGUUCUUCUGGAAGGUGAAAAGUUUGAGGUCACCUGUCUGAGCAGUAACCCCUCCCACUUCUACAACCUCUCCUGGACACACCCACACAUACAGUCUCUGAACACGAGCGUCAGCCGUCACUAUAGAAACCAGCGCCUGUCCGUCAACAGCACGGUGACAUUCUCUGCUGUCAGACUGAAUCACAGUGGAACAUACACCUGUACUGCUGUCAAUGAAGCUGGAGUUGCCACGGCAACCACACAGCUGAGAGUUCUGGAGCGGCCCUUCCUGAUUAUCUACCUGCAGCCCACGCAGCAUGCUAACACUAACACCAGGACCAUAGCAGUUAACGGGGACCUGUUUGCCAAUGUUAGCAACAUGCCAAUGAAGCUAGACGCUAACAUUAGCAGUGGUUCACUGGAAGUCAAUGGGAAAAAGUUUGCUAAUGUUAGCCCAAAUGACACACAUAUAAAUAAAGCUAACAAUGCUAACAUUAGCAGCAGCAGCAAAGUGGAGGUACAUGAAGGUCGAGAUGUUACGUUAACAUUCAUGAUAGAGGCAUAUCCUCCAAUCAGGAACCAUGACUGGACGACACACGUCAACAACGAUAACAACGAUUCACUGUACCAGGAGAGCUACACUGCUAACGGCUACAGGUCAAAGGCGAGCCUGCUGCUGCGGCGGAUCCGUCAGGAAGAUCAGGGUCGAUACACCUUUCAUUACUCAAACUCAUUCUUCAGUGGGUCACAGAAUGUGGAUCUGAGAAUUUACCGUUCUCCCACAGCUCAGGUGAGUCUGCAGAACACCACACUGGCCUGCAGCAGCUUUGGAUAUCCUCUACCCACAAUCCUCUGGUACACCUGCCCUGGGAUCCAGGACACGUGUGGAGACAUCUCCACCUAUCAGGUGCCUCCAGCUCAGGUGACAUCACAGGAGGAGGAGGCGGUGACGACACACCUCCAUCUGCCAGCUGAUAAUGAUGUCACUGUUGAGUGCGUCGCCUCCAAUGAGCUGGGGCAGUCACGUCACAUCUUCAGUCCUCGUUCUUUAGGAGAACCAGCACCAUUCUUCACUCUGCCUCUGAUUGGAGCUCUGACCUCUGCCGCCGUCCUCCUCCUGCUGCUAUUGGUCGUCUCUUACAAGUGGAGACAGAAACCAAAAUAUGAGAUUCGUUGGAAGAUCAUCGAGAGCACAGACGGAAACAGCUAUACCUUCGUUGACCCCACUCAGCUGCCGUACAACCACAAGUGGGAGUUUCCACGAGACAAACUCCGCCUGGGCGCAGUUUUGGGUUCUGGGGCGUUUGGGAAGGUCGUCGAGGCAACAGCGUACGGACUGGGAACCGACGACAAUGUCACCAGAGUUGCUGUCAAGAUGCUCAAACCGAGCGCUCUCUCAGAGGAACGUGAAGCUCUGAUGUCCGAGCUGAAGAUCCUCAGUCAUCUUGGUUACCAUGACAACAUUGUCAACCUGCUGGGAGCCUGCACUCAGGGAGGCCCCAUGCUGAUGAUCACAGAGUACUGUAGCCAUGGCGACCUGCUCAACUUCCUACGGGCUCACGCACACAACUUCAUGACGUCCGUUCUGACCGUGAAUGAAGUUGAGGAGGAGGUGUUCUAUAAGAACCAUGCGGCCCAGAACACCCGAGUCAGGAGUGACAGUGGAAUCUCAUGUUGUUCAGAGUAUCAGGAGAUGAUGCCCGUUCAAACCCACAAAGGUGUGCACACAGACGGCCUGUCUGUCGGUGACCUCAUGGCCUUUUCCCUCCAGGUGGCUCAGGGUCUCGACUUCCUGUCUGACAGAAAUUGUAUCCAUAGAGACGUAGCGGCGAGGAACGUCUUGUUGACUCAUCGUCGUGUUGCAAAGAUCUGUGACUUUGGUUUGGCUCGAGACAUUCACCAUGACGACAGCUACAUCGUCCAGGGAAACGCUCGUCUCCCGGUGAAGUGGAUGGCCCCGGAGAGCAUCUUUCAGUGCGUUUACACGCUGCAGAGUGACGUGUGGUCGUAUGGCGUCUUGCUGUGGGAGAUCUUCUCUCUGGGCAGGAGUCCGUAUCCAAAUGUUGCCGUGGAUACCAACUUCUACAAGAUGAUCAAAGAUGGCCGCCACAUGUCUCAGCCAGACUUCGCUCCAGCUGAGAUGUAUCAGUUGAUGAUGCUCUGCUGGAGUCUGGAGCCCGCCCACAGACCAACCUUCAAAACCAUCGGUCAGCUCAUCAACAGGCUCCUCCCCUCCACCAAUGACAUGUCGCCACAUCACAGCCACCAGGUGGGGGCGUACAGGAACGUUGACGAGUUCAAAGAAGAAGAAGAACAAGAGGAGGAGGAGGUGACGGGAGAGAUGGUGAAGAGAGAAGAAGAAGAAGAGAGCGGACAGAGAGAGCGCCAUGACGAUGGAGAGGAGGAGGAGACAAAGAUGAACAACAUUUAUCAGUCUUCUUGAUCGUCCAGUCAAAACCAGUUUAUCACUGUUUAUUAACCAAUAAGAACCAGACCUUCUUAUCACUGCUGAAAACUUUAUGGAUUAACUGAGGUAAACAUGAAACCUUUACUGAAAGAUUCAGUGUGAAACAUCAAAGGUUUGUUUUCACACGUUGUCAUGGCAACUCAAUAAAGACUCAUCUUAGAGAAUGCUGUCAUCAUGUGACUUUGACUUUGUGUAUUCACUGGAAUCACGCAGGUCGCCCACUAGUGGUUCUUUUAUAUACAGUCAGUGAUCGUCUUUAUAUACAGUCAGUGAUGGUCUUUAUAUACAGUCAGUGAUCGUCUUUAUAUACAGUCAGUGAUC